CAACAGUUUAGAUUAUAUAAGGAGGAAGUAUAGAGAUUGUGAACCGUGUAGAGGUGAACAAUUAUUAUGUAUAAAAAGAAAAGAAUUCAAGUGACGAGCAAUGCACAAAAUAUUACCUUGCAUAGAUACACCCUAUUCAACCUGCUUUACGUUUUGUUAUAAGAAAGCAUUAAAUGACCUUUAUUUUGUUAGACGCUUGUUCUGUUGGUAGAGAAACGCUUUUAAUGGUUGUCGGUGUUCAAACAGGUGGAAGCAGUACUAUAGAUACAACUGAUUCAUAUACAGAGUGCUCCUUCAAAUCGUCAAAUUAUGUAAAUGUAACUAAUUUUAAUAAUUAUGACAACAUAACUGAUGUGCCAUUUGAUACAAAUGCAGUACAGUUAGAGGAAAUUACAAAAUGGAUUUGGAGAAUAAUAUCACCAAUAAUAUUUAUUGUCGGAGUUUUUGGAAACAUUGGAAUUAUUAUAGUUUUAUGUCGGAUGAAACAAUGGAAAAAUAUAACCUACAAUUUCUUGUUUAUUCUUUCUUUAUCGGACACUACCGUCCUUAUAACUGGAUUAGUGAGACGAUGGAUUCUAGCAACGUUCGAUUUCGACAUUCGUACUAUUUCUGACGUCGGUUGUAAACUAGAUGUCUUUAUGAUAUAUUUUUCAAUGCAUAUUUCAUCUUGGAUACUGGUGUCCAUAACUGUUGAGAGAUUUGUGAAAACUCGGUUUCCGUUACAAUAUCGAACUGCAAAAUUUUCAUCACUGCUUAAAAUAGUUCUCAUAGUACCAAUAGUGAUGAGCUUCGCAAUAGAUGGUCAUCUUUUUAUAAAUAAUGGUUUGAAGAAAGUACAAAAUGAAUAUGUAUGCAAUAACACAUCACCUGCAUCUUACAAUUUUGAAGAAAAAUAUUAUGUUGUCAUAGAUCUAGUAUGGUUGUCUUUACUGCCGUUUAUAUUGAUGUUUAUCAUGAAUAUCUUUAUUGGGCAGACAUUACGGAGCUCUGGACGAUUACGUGGAUUAUUUAUGAGAAGUAAAGAAUAUAGAAAGCGCAACGUAAGGAGUAGUAAGCGCCUUACUCAGAUGUUAUUCUUCAUAAGUAUAUAUUUCAUAAUAACAACACUUCCAAUAUCAAUUUUCAAUGCAAUUGACUCGUUUAUCCCAUCAGCAACUGCAUUAAUAUCAGGACAACGCGAGCUUACCAAAGCGAUACUGUAUGGGUUUCAAUUUUCUAAUUAUGGAAUUAACUUUUACAUUUACGUCAACAUCAACGAAACUUUUAAAAGAAACCUUCCAGUGGUGUGCAGGAGGAAUAUUUUCAGCAUGCGAAGACAGACCUCGACACAGCAGAAUUCUAUUUCUACUAGAACAACAUUAACUGAUGUUCCAACCUUGGUUCAAAAUGGCAACGUCCAUACUCCUAAAGAUUCGAUUGGAUGCCAGGAGUCAGAUAGACAUGUUAGAAAACAGCGACACUCCCCUCAAAUGUUUAAUUUAUCAUUGUUACUUGUUCCUUCACUACGAGAUAAUAUCCCUGAUCUAUCAGAACAUAAAACGCUUCACAGUAUUACUGACAAAGACGACACAACUAAACAUGAUACAGUUAUAGAAAGUACAUAUCUCUAACGAUCAUACUUAAGAGUAUUAAAAAUGUUUAAAACACGGACAGCUAUUGCAUCUUCGACUCAUUACAAUAACGAAACAGGGUCAUAUAUGAUUUAUGUAAUACAUGGAUCUGAACUUUAGAGGUAGCGUUAGAGUAGAGAUAGAGCUAGAUUCCUUGUAUUAGUUUCACACACAUUGUCACAUAAAUUACAUGAACUAAGCCCAAGUGUGGUAUACAAUAUGUACGACAAACAGGACGGGAGUUUUUUUUAAACGAACAGAGGAACAUCUAUACCGCUUCCAACCUAAGAAAGUCAAUAGCAUAUUUUAUCAACAUUUAGUAAACACAACCACAAUACUAAAUUUAAAUGAUUUCAACCGAUCGAAACGGUCCAGAAACAACAAGGACAGUCGCAAAAACAAUUUGAAGAUUCCAGUAAAAUUAUCGAACUGUCUUGGAUUAAACGACUUUAAACAGCUUAUCCCCUGGGUCUAAAUGACAAUAUACUUGAAAAGGGAACAUAUCUAAUACUUCCUCUAUUGCAAUCAUGAAUAUUAUUGAUAAAAAACCAACGAAAUAAUAUGUCUCAUGGGAAACGUAUCAAUCGAAAUCAACGGGUUAAACAUCGCAUAAAUUAUACAAUUGAUAAUCUCCCAUCUAUAUUUAAAAAUAAUGGUAGGCAUCAAUUAUUAUGUAAACUGGGGCAAAUACCCAUUAGUAAAUUACACGACAUUUUCAAAGAGUGUGACACCAUUUCAUUAUUUAGCCCACUGUAUGAAUAUUCUCGUAUAAUUACAGCUUUUUGCCACCAUAGGCUGUUCCCUCGAAUCGAGAAACCUGAAGAUCAUAAACGUCAUUUUUUGAAAAUUAAAUAUAUUAUCAGAGGUGUUGAUUUUAUCAACUUAUCUAGUAUAUUUAAUGACUCUACCGUUCAAAACUUUAUACCUCCAUAUUUUGAUAAGAUAGAACCACCUAUAAUGUCAUACAGAUAAAAAAAACCAGCCGAAGUUUAAUUUUUAAUUAUACGUCGGUUCCAUCAGACGUGAAUAUAGAUAGUAAUACUCCCUUAACUUGAAAUCGUGAAUCGUUGAAAUUUAGAUAUGUUCCCUAUGGCCAUGUCAGUGCUCUUAACUAGUUCAUUAACUACUCUUAAAGAGCUUAUCGAAAACUAUUGUAAUAACAUAUAUGAACAUAGUGGUAUAAACCAUAUUUGGAGUGUAAAAUAUUCUUUGGAUGUUUAAGAUAAAUUACGGGCUUUUGAUGGUCCUUUUGCAGUUGUUUUGAUUCUGUUAAUAGUUUUGAUUUUUCUUCUCUUUACACUACACUUCCACACUAUCUUAUUAAACAAAAGUUUACCUAUUUAAGUAAAUGGUCGUUUGGUAAAGCUGAAUGUAGAUAUAUUUGCUGCAACUUAUUAAAAGCCUUCUUCUCUAAUGAGAAAUAUAGAUUCUUACAUUGA